AUGCAACUCGAAGAACUCACAACCCAGCUCAUGAGCGCCGCGAGCCUCCAAGAGCAGUCGUCGUCCCAAAAGAAAGCAAAAGAGCCCAGCGGCUCGGCCACGGACGCAGCCGCGGUCACCAAGCCCCCGCUGCCGCCCGGCAUGGCGCUCCACAGCAGCAUGACGACGGCGGAGAUCCUCGCGGACCUGAACAAGUCGCCGCUGUUCAUGACGGAGCUCGAGGACAACGACGACAUUGCGGCGCUGCAGGCGCUCGACUACGAGGGCUCGGCGCUCGAGAACAGCGCCGGCUUCAAGGAGCGCGGCAACGAGUGCUUCAAGGUGCGCGGGUACGCCGACGCCCGCGAGUUCUACGCCAAGGGCGUCGCGCUGCUGGCCGCCGAGGAGCGCAAGCGCGCCUGCGGCGAGACGACGCGGAACCCGGACGACGGCGUCGCCGACUCCCCCGCCGACGUCGCCGCCCAGCGCGCCCUGCUCGCGUCGCUGCACCUCAACCGCGCCGCGCCGCCCGAGAUGGAGGAUGCGGCCGUGCGGCUGGUGCCGGACCCGGACGACCCGCGGAGCCGCCUCGCGUUUCCGGCCCUGCUGCUGUACCCGCUGCACUUUGAGACGGACUUUGUCAAGGCGUUUGAGGAGACGCAGUCGCUCGAGGACCACCUGGGGUACGUCUUCCCCCUGCCGUGGGACGCCGACGCCGUGUACCGCCUGGACAGCGUCUCGUGCUACGUCGAGACACGGGACGGCGGCCUGCUCAAGAUGGGCAAGAAGGCAUCCUUGCUCAAGGUGCUGAGCACGGGCAAAGUCGAAGUCGUCGACCAGGUGGUGCGCAUAUUCGUCCUGCCAGCGGACAAGGCGGAUGAGUGGAUUGUCAAGUUCAAGGAGCAAAAGGCGAAAGAAAAGGGCAGGUCGUAG